AUGAGCGGUCGAAACGUGUCGCAUGGCCGUGGAGGCGCCGGUGAGGAUACUCUUGAAACAUCACUCGGCAACAGUCUGCGCCUACGCGCAAGGACCUCGUCACCCCCCACCAUCAAGCAGGACGUCUACACCACCGGCCGCGGCGGCUCAGGAAACAUGGUCCACAACGACCCCGAGCGACCGGAGAUUGCGCGCGAGAGCCAGGACGUCGAGUCGCCGCCGUUGCGCGCGCAGCAGAUCCCUCACCACACGGGCCGAGGUGGUGCCGCCAAUGCCUACAUCCCUACCCCCGAAGAAGAGGAGCAAGGAGAGAAGAUCCGGCAGCAGGAGGCUGAGCUGAUGCGCGUGCGCACGCAGUCCAAAGAUCGCGUCAAGGAGAUCGAGCAUGAGCGACAGGAGCUGCACAACCAGUCGACCUCGACAUAA